GUGUCUGAGGCCGAACGAGAGAGGGAGGAGAAAUAACGGGCAAAUAACAGAGAGGUGCAGCCUGGCCGUCUGUAGCCCCGGAAAACAACAACAACAACAAGAGAGCUCACCGGCGGCAGCGGCAGCAGCAGCAGCAGCAUCUGUGUCCGCCGCGGCGCCGCCUCCUCUUCCUCCUCCUCCUCCUCCUCCUGCUGCUCGCAGAGAACAGGCCAGAAGACCGUUGCCGGACAGUCCAAGCAGAGAGCCGCCGCGAUGGGAGUGGAAGGCUGCACCAAGUGCAUCAAAUACUUGCUUUUCGUUUUCAAUUUCGUCUUCUGGCUGGCAGGAGGAAUAAUUCUAGGUGUGGCAUUAUGGCUUCGUCAUGACUCACAGACCACAGUUAUCUUGGGAUCAUCACUAGAUGACCAGCAAGCUCCAGGCACAUUCUACGUUGGAAUCUACAUCCUGAUUGCUGUUGGAGCGGUGAUGAUGUUUGUGGGUUUCCUGGGAUGCUAUGGUGCUAUCCAGGAGUCACAGUGCCUUCUGGGAACAUUUUUCACAUGCCUCGUAAUCUUGUUUGCUUGUGAAGUGGCUGCUGGAAUCUGGGGGUUCGUUCAUAAGGAUCAGGUUGCCAGAGAUAUCAAACAGUUCUAUGAUCAGGCAUUGGACCAAGCAAAGUCAAGCGAUGAAAGCAAAUCGAGCAAGGCGCGAGCAGUUGUGAAAACUUUCCAUGAAACGCUAAAAUGCUGUGGCUCACGUACUGUGGAAAUUGUAUUCAACAUGGCACUUACCAACAAUUUCUGCCCUAGCGAAGCAAACCUACUUUCACUAAAUAACGACCUAAACUGUCACCAUAAGAUUGAUGAACUGUUCUCGGGAAAGCUGUACCUGAUUGGCAUUGCUGCCAUUGUGGUGGCUGUGAUCAUGAUCUUUGAAAUGAUCUUGAGCAUGAUUUUGUGCUGCGGCAUCAGGAACAGCUCCGUCUAUUGAGAAGUAGAAGAGCAGGGGUGAAACAAUGGUGCCGAAAGGAACCUCAAAGUGCCACUGUCUGACCAGGAGACACUUCCAACAGAAGGCAAAGAAAAAAAUAUGUAUAUAAAUAUUUCAGAUAUUACCAUACAGUACUUAUCAUUCUUACUUGGAAGUCUUCUUUUUGUUUGUUUAAGCAGGGGGAGGGGGAGGGGGAGGGGGGAGUUUUCUGUAUAUUUGUGGCGGAGUUAGUUACACAUCAGUUUGUGUGGUAAAAAAGCUAUCAUACCAGUGGUUCCAGGCCUUUAUCAGAGAUAGCCUUUCUCUCUCCUCUCUCCUUCACCAAUGUUCCUGUGCUGCCUGCAUGGAAUUAAAGAGUGUUUACCCAUGCACAGGUACCACCCUUUUUAUGAAGAAUGUGGACGACCUCCUCCUUGACCUCCUCCUCCUCCUCCUCCUUCUUCUUCUUCUUCUUCUUCCCUUUCCCCAACAGUGAUUUUGGGGGUGGGGGAGGUGGGUAAACUGAAGCAGUCUUUUUGACACCUAUUCCCAGCAUUUCAUGUUCUAACAUUCUCUGCCUUGGUUUAUAAAAGGGGUGGGCAACUUGUGAGUCUCCAGAGGUUUUGGCCUACAACCCCAUCAGCUCUAGCCAGCAUAGCCAAUGGCAAGGAAUCAUGGGAGUUAUGGGCCAAAACAUCUGGAGACGGGCCUCAAGUUGCUCAGCCCUGGUUUAUAAGGAAUCUUGGAUUCUUAGUUUAAAUCUGUAUAAGACUGCAAGAAUCUACUGCUGCUUUCAGCCCUGCAAGUUUGUUAUUAAACAUACACAUUUAACAGUAUUUCCCACAACACCCACCACCUCUUUCAGUGAGGAGACUUCUUUCAUAAAUUUGUAUAAACCUAUUAACAUGAAAGUCUGUUAUGUCACAACACAGACGUAAGUCGAGGUUAAAUCUCUGAAUUCCAAAAGUCCUCACAAGAUGUUAAUUUAUAACAGGGAGGACUUUUUAGAUGAAAAAAGGACUGACCAUGGAAUGGUUAUGCUUUUUAUAUUUUACUGCUAAACUGAACUCCCACAUGUGUACUUACAUGAUUAGUUCAGAAUGCAAGUACUGUCAGAUGGCAUUUACUUGGUAAAUGCAUAGUAUUCUAAAGAUGCCAAAAAGUAUCUGUUGAAGGAAAUUGGUUAAAUAAUGGCUGGACACUUGUUCUCUCUCUCUCUCUCUCUCUCUCUCUCUUUAAAGUAACUUUAAUGGAGGCAUCUAUUCUUGUGCCUUUUUAAAACCUGGAAUAAUAGAGUUGGAUAAUAGCCAACUAGAUGUCUAUGGGUAUGUCCCUGCAAAUAGAAUUUAGAACAUGUUCUCCUCUCCAAACACCAGAAGUAGAAGAAUAGGAUGGAAUCCAACAUUGCAUGAUUUGGGGUCUGCUUGCUUGAUGGGACUCCAUCCUCCUCGCUUCCACUGUGCAGCCCCCCACGCUUCCCAAAAAUCUUCUUUGGAUCAUCCCCCAAUCUUGCAGAACAUAUUUUGAUGGUGUAUGGGGGACUGCAAGGAGAGUUCCACUGUCAGAAGCAAUUCCAUCCACAGAAUGAUAAUAGCAGUCCACCAGUAGUGAGAGGACCAUGUGCUUUUUAAGCUGAGCCAUUUUCCAGUACCCCCACCUGUUUCCUCCAUUGACCAAGUUUACAUUUUUAGACCAUCCUCCAUCCCCCCCCAAAACCAUCUUGCAAUAUUGCAACUUGACAAGUUGUUCAGUUUGGGGCAAGAGGCCUUGUUUGUUACCCAGGUUCCACUAUUGCCUUCCUUACUAUAGAAUGAGCAUGUUCAUUGGGGUUUUAAAAACAACAACACAGGAUUAACGAGCAGCGCAGAUGUGUCCUAUCCUAGUAGUUCAAGUUGCAUGUUGUUCAGGCAGAAGUAUUUUUAAUCUUGGUUUUCCUCUGCUGUGUACUCGCUAACUACGGUGGACUCAAUGCCUUUCAGAAGAGUAGGCCAACAGCUUAAACAGAAGUGAUACAUGCACACAAUGUUGCAGAUAUAACCUUCCAACACUAGUUGGUGUGAUUUUAAUGCACACUUAGAAAAACUGCACUCCUAUGCAGACUUCAGCACUAUUCUUCUUUUAAAUACAGCAAUUGGAGCAACCUAGAAGCUUUGUGUAAAUGCAACCGUAUGGCAUUCAGACGCAUCAGAGAACUGAAUGAAGAGAUUGAUCAGGUGGUUCUUCCCCCCCCCCUCACUUUUCCCUUUCUGGCUUGGCUAGCUCCCACUAUAUAGGAACUCUUUAAAAAGCUACCCCAAAUCAAACUCUGCUUAUAGUACCCUAAGAAAGCAGUGUCUCAGAGUCUUGCUGGAUGUGGUUGAUGGAAUCAAGAAGACCUCUUUUAGCCUUAGAAAUAGCCUUAAAGCAACACUGCCCGAAUGUCAAGCUUCGCAUGCACUGAAAACAGAAAUUGAUUCUUCCAACCUACCCACACUUCAAAAGCUUUGGGGUCACAUGUUCCAGUAUAAUAGACUGUAUGUACAAUCUUUAGGUAUCAAUUCUGCAUGUGCAUUUAUUUACACACAAUGUGUGUGUGCAUAGAGGUUACCAACGUACAGAAACGAUGUGUGUAACUCACUGCCUUUUGUUGAGUGUCCUUGAGAACUGUAUAUAAAUGCACCACCAAGCAUUUUGUGUUUUGUCUUUACUAUACUAUAUGUUUGAUAUUGUUCCCCAUUCAGUUGAUGUGUAAGUAGCCAGAGCUCUGUUCUGACAAUUCACUAGUCUACCUUCCAAGAACUGAACAUUGAUUGAGGGAAAAAAGGGUUUGUUUUAGGCAGAGGACACUGUUUCUGUAGAUCUCUUGAGCCUCACGCUGCAUUGAAGCCUAAUACAAGGAGAAAAACAAGCCCUUGAGCCAAAUUUUCCAGAGUUUGUCUUAUGAGUAAGGCACAAAUACACAUCGCAUGCAAAUCUGUGUAACAAUGCCUUGUCAUACUUUUAAUUGAAAGCAGCUUCUGGAGGGUGUUGUUUUAAGGGGAAGGGAAAGGGGAGUGCUUAAUAAGGACAAGUAACAUCUGGAACUCCAUAUAAAUGGGGAGCAGCAGCUAAGCAGUUUUUAAAUAAAAAGACAGUGGAGAAAGGCUUAAACUUAUAUGUGCACUCUGUGGUGCCUGUUUUUUAUUUAUUUUAAUUUUUCACUUAAAAGCAAACACACACACUUGCAUAUGUGAAGUCUGUGCCCCAAGAGCUAAGCAUUGAGAGCUGAGAAGGGAUAAUGAAUCUCCUCCUAUAUGGCUCUAGCAUUUAAAAGACGAGGGCUUGAGUUAGGAGCAACCAGUUCCUAAAAUGAGGUGAAGAGGGGAGGAGAGAAUGAAAGAUUCAUGCAGAUUCUUUUGGGUGAAGCAAAAGAACCACAGAAUCGUUUUGACUCAUUAGAUUAUCUAGCAGACUAUGCAGACUACACAAUAUUGCAUGGCGUGUUAACUUCACAAAGAUUUGUGGCAGAGUUGUUGUUCCCCAGAGAACACCAAUUGGCCAGGUUGGUCUUUGAGGUGUGAAUAUGCCCGAAGGCCAGUGUGUCUUGGAAGAUAUUAUGAUGGGGACGUCUGUUGUAAGCCAAAGGAGAACCAUAGUGUUCCCUUUCUCCAAAUUUGGAUCCGUGUAAAUUAAAACAGGAGUAAUUGCAAAGGAGACCUUAGAGGAAAGUCAAACAGAGUUGCUGGCCACAUUAUGCUGGGAGCAUGAGUUUCUUUUAUACUGUGGAGCAUGCCACAAGCUAUAUAUGUGUGUGUUAACUACUAUUUCUUCUCUGCCUUUUUUUUUGUUUUUUGGUCACUUUUUAAAUUUUUAAUAAACAUUUCCUCCUCACGCGUAUUGUGUGAAGAAGCUCUAUGUUUCUUACAGCCAAUAAAUCGUAACACCUGAAUGCUUCAACCAUCACUUCUUCGCAGCACUGGCAAAGCCGACCUUGGGCAUAGAGAAAAAAUGGGGGCAUGGCAAAGAAGAUAAGGGAACAGUGGAAUGUCUGUUGGCCAGUUGAGUUCAGAGAAAAGCCAUGAGGAAACUCCCUUGGUUCCAAAACAAAUGGAGCUUUAUUUAGGGUGGGGAUAAAACUAGGUUCUGAAAUGCAACACAGACUGUCCAAAAAGAUUGAGUGUUUCCAACUAGGCUAAUGAGAUGGGUAGUCAUCAAUCCUGAGGGUUUGCUACCGUUGCCCAUAAUAAUAAAUAAUAAUAAUAAAUUUAUUUCUUGCCUGCCUCUCCAUCCUGAUCGAGGCGGGGAACAACAUCACGAUAAAACCCAUCACAACUACAGGUGGCAGGAAUCUAAUGUCCAAGAGUUAAGAAUGUACACAGGGACCCAUGAUCCUUGCCUCUGUCUCAUAUUGGUUACAACAAAGAGUAUGGCCUUGCUAAGAAAGGGGAACAAAGGAUAGACUGGGGAAAGUGAUAUGUUUUUGCCACUUCCCCCACACUCUCUCUUCUCACUCGCCUUGGCUGUGCUUAUGCCCAGAAAUCAUGUCCACUUGCUGUUGUCUUGCUUGUUUAUCUGAAUGUUAAAGGAAUCUGUCAAAAUAACUUUUUUUUAAAUGAUAUAUGAAAACAAUUAAAACAACCAAAAAAGCUA